AGAGAGCAGUUCUCCGGAGGAUGCUGAUCGCAGUGACAGGUUGUUUUAUGUACGGCUUGUCUUUAUUUUUGUCUAUUUUUAUUGUAGUUUUAGGCUAGUUAAGAUGGAUUUGUGUUGAAAGUGUAACAUUGUUGUUGUUUUUGUUUGCGUCGAAGACAAAAUGGAUGUUUUUAUUGAUCACGUUGCUAACCUCGAGCUCCUUCCUGCCAUGGAUGAAGAGGUGAUUAUUUAGCAGCGAGCUGUCACUCGGAUGUGUUUCUGUGCACCAAGCACGCUCCGUUGCACAAAGAAACGCACCGUCGCUCAGGCCGGUACAUGUUCUUGUCUCUGACGGUGUUCCUGUGGAGGAUCUACCGGCAUUGGGUCGCCAUGUUCAGCUCCGACCGGCUCACGGUGCCGGAGUACGUCAGCCGGCUCCAGCGAGGCAAGAGCGGCUCGUCGGGCCCCGAGCAAAGAGCGGUGUCUCCCGGGAUUCAUCCCGAGGUGCAGGCGGUUCUGGACACGUCACUGCCCGCCUUGCGCGGCGCCAUCCAGCGGCUCAAGUCCGCUAAAGGAACGUCCGAUUCCGACGAGACUCGCAGGGCCGUGGCGGAGAUCUUCCAGCUGGUGGAGGAGGCCUGGGUGCUCCCCGGCGUCGGGCGGCAGGUGGCCGAGGAGAUCUGCAACAGGAUCCGCCUGGAUGGAGGUCUGGAACUUCUCCUGCAGCUCCAACAAACACCGGCCGUGGAAAUCACCUACGAGUCCGCCAAGCUGCUGGAACAGAUCCUGGUGACCGAGAACAGGGAUUACGUGGCCCGACUGGGCCUUGGGGUGAUCCUCAACCUGACCCGGCAGCAGGAGGACGCCCAGCUGGCUCGCAGCGUGUCGGGGAUCUUGGAGCACAUGUUCAAGCACACGGAGGAGACGUCGGUCCACCUGAUCAAAAACGGCGCCCUGGACGCUCUGCUGUACUGGUGCCGAGGCACGGACCCCACCGUGCUGCGCCACUGCGCCGUGGCCUUGGCCAACUGCGCCAUGUACGGAGGCCACCGCUGCCAGAGGUGGAUGAUCGAGAAGCAGGCGGCCGAGUGGCUCUUCCCCCUGGCCUUCUCCAAGGAGGACGAGCUCAUCCGCUUCCACGCCUGCCUGGCCGUCACCGUGCUGGCCGCCAACAAGGAGAUCGAGAAGGAGGUGGUGAAGUCCGGCACCUUGGAGCUGGUGGAGCCGUUCAUCGCCUCGCUGGAUCCGGACGACUUCGCCCGCAGCUUGUCGGACAGCGCCGACUGCAUGCAGGGGAAGACGGCGGCCGACCUGCAGCACCUCCUGCCCUUGCUGGACGGAACCCGGCUGGAGGGGAAGUGCAUCGCUGCCUUCUACUUGUGUGUUGAGACCAGCAUCAAGUCCCGCCAACGCAAUACUAAGAUCUUCCAGGAGAUCGGAGCGGUGCAGAGCCUGAAACGGAUGGUCAUGUACUCCAGUAACGGCACGGCGUGUUCUCUGGCCAAGCGGGCGUUGAGAAUGAUGGGCGAGAACGUGCCCAAGCGCAUCCUGUCCUGCGUGCCCAACUGGAAGACGUGCGAGGUGCAGACCUGGCUGCAGCAGGUGGGCUUCAGUGCCUUCACUGAUCGCUUCCAGGAGCUACAGGUGGAUGGAGACCUUCUGCUGAACAUCACCGAGCAGGAUCUGGUCACGGACCUGGGCAUGACUGCCGGUCUCUCCAGGAAACGGUUCCUAAGAGAUCUGCGCGUGCUGAAAACCUACGCCAACUACGCCACGUGCGACCCGCACAACAUGGCCGACUGGUUGACGGAGGCGGACCCUCGUUUCCGCCAGUACACCUACGGCCUGGUCAUGUCGGGAGUGGACCGCAACAACGUCCAGAGCGUGACGGACCAGCAGCUCUUCAACGACUGUCACGUUCUCAACGGAGUCCACAGGGCCAAGAUGUUAGCGGCGAGUCGCAAGCCGCAAAGGCCCUGCAACACCGACGCCCAACCUGCGGGGCCCGACGUGUUCAUCAGCUACCGCCGCACCACCGGAUCACAACUGGCCAGCCUCCUGAAGGUGCACCUGCAGGUUCGAGGGUUCAGCGUCUUCAUAGACGUGGAGAAGCUGGAGGCUGGGAAAUUUGAGGACAAGCUGAUUCAGAGUGUCCAGCGUGCUCGCAACUUCAUCCUGGUUUUGUCCGCCAACGCCCUGGACAAGUGCAUGGGAGACACCGCCAUGAAGGACUGGGUGCAUAAGGAAAUAGUCACAGCCUUGGCGGGGAAGAAGAAUAUUGUUCCUGUCACCGACAAUUUUGCUUGGCCUGACCCGACGUCUCUGCCAGAGGACAUGAGAUCAAUCCUCAACUUCAACGGCAUCAAGUGGUCACAUGAAUAUCAGGAAGCCACGAUCGAGAAGAUCCUGCGCUUCCUGAAGGGCAACCAAGACUUACUGGAUAGCUCCAAAGAGCAGAAGAAGAAAUGAUCACGUGUCGGCGACUAUAACUCUCCAGGAAGUGAUGCCAAAAAGUCUUCUCCAGCUCGUCUCACGCGCAUGUGAUGCUAACCUGCCCAUAAAAGACCACGCUUAUAGAAAUGACAUGUUGCAAGAAUGCAGACUUUGUGGACUGGGCAUAAUCCCUUCAUCCUAAUAUCUUCAUACUGGUGAGUAUGUGUAAUCAGGUACAGUAUAAUACGCCUUUUGUGUCUCAGGAACAGUAGAAGGUUCAACACGCUCACACAUACGCAAAACUUUUUCUUCUUUUUUUAUACUUACGUCGCAAUUUUCUUCAUGAUUAUUUGUUGUGCUCAUUGAUUGAACGUGCAUUUGACCCAGGCUUCGGAACAUGUACUAACUAGAAUGUAAUGUAAUCCUCUUCAUAUUUAGGAUGUAUUUCUGUUCUCCAAUGCAGUAUGUAGGAGUACGUAACGCAAGGUCGAAACACAAAGAGAAAGCACAGGAUAUAAAACACCGUAAGUGUGUUUCAUCGAAUACAUUUAAUCUAACGCCAUAUGUGACUCAUCAAUAAAACAAGUGGCGCUUGGCAAACACA